CGCCCCCAAAGCGCCGGAAGUGGAGUGCGGAGCCCUGCGGCGCGCUGUCAGGCUCUGGGGAUCCGCGCUGGCGCCGUCUUGUCCCCCAUCGGAACAGCAUUGUGGGCUCCGGACUCCUAGAUCUCUGCGGUCCGGAGAGCAACAUGGACGACAAGGAGUUAAUUGAAUACUUUAAGUCUCAAAUGAAAAAAGAUCCUGACAUGGCCUCAGCAGUAGCUGCCAUCCGGACGUUGCUGGAGUUCUUAAAUAGAGAUAAAGGGGAGACAAUCCAGGGCCUGCGAGCAAAUCUCACCAGUGCCAUAAAAACCCUCUGUGGUGUGGACUCCUCGGUGGCCGUGUCCUCCGGCGGGGAGCUCUUCCUGCGCUUCAUCAGCCUCACGUCCCUGGAGUACUCUGAUUACUCCAAAUGUAAAAAGAUCAUGAUUGAGCGGGGAGAGCUUUUUCUCAGGAGAAUUUCACAGUCGAGAACUAAAAUCGCAGAUAUGUGCCAUACUUUCAUCAAAGACGGGGCGAGAAUUCUGACUCAUGCCAACUCCAGAGUGGUCCUGAGAGUCUUGCAAUCAGCUGUGACAGCCAAGAAGCGUUUCAGUGUGUACAUUACAGAAUCACAGCCUGAUUUAUCUGGUAAGAAAAUGGCCAAAGCCCUCUGCAGCCUCAACGUCCCUGUCACUGUGGUCCUGGAUGCAGCCGUCGGGUAUAUCAUGGAGAAAGUGGAUCUUGUCAUAGUUGGUGCAGAAGGAGUUGUUGAAAACGGAGGAAUUAUUAACAAGAUUGGAACCAACCAGAUGGCUGUGUGUGCCAAAGCACAGAACAAGCCUUUUUAUGUGGUUGCAGAAAGCUUCAAGUUUGUACGGCUCUUCCCACUAAACCAGCAGGAUGUCCCAGAUGAGUUUAAGUAUAAAGCCGAUACUUUGAAGUCUGCACAGACUGGACAAGACCUCAGAGAAGAGCACCCUUGGGUCGACUACACCCCCCCUUCCUUAAUAACACUGCUGUUUACAGACCUGGGUGUGCUGACACCCUCAGCCGUGAGUGAUGAGCUCAUCAAGCUCUAUCUAUAACCAGGGAAUUCUUUCCCACCAGCGUCUACAGCUGAAGCUGGGGCAGGAUGAGUAGCCUCUUGACCCCUUGGUGAGCCGGGCCAAAACAGGUUUGUUUGUUUGUUUUUAAAAUCAAGAUUUGUGGGCAAAGGACUUUCAAGUCAUAAAAGAGUAUUUUAUUUGUAUCAUCCCCAACUAAAAUCUGUUUGUGAUUCUCUUACAACAUAGCCUACAUUGUGCUUAGGGUUUCCAGAAACUGGUUUCCAGUUUCCAGAAGUUCAAGAUUAGUAACUACUUACCUAAGAGAAGAUGAGAUCAUUGGCUACUUAACUGAUGAUAGAAGACACACCCAAGUCCCCUCCUUUUACCUUCGCCUGCACUCCAGACUGAUUUGCCACAAGCAUCAGUAGAGAUGCAAGCCUGGGAAAGCCAAUGUUCCUAACUGCAGCCAGGCGCCCCUUCAAUAACCAACAGCUGACAGGACACGUUACAUAUGGUGCCUUAUAAAAAAGGCAGGAACACUUGCUGAAUUCACAUCGGGCUUCCAGUGGUGAACACAAACCAGGGAUCAAGCCGUGGGAACUACCGAGAGAACCGAAAGAAAGCAGGGAGGAUCUGACAGGAGUGUCCUGUGUGGUUCUCCAUUGAUGAAGAUGCCUUCCAGGAUUUCUGUAAAUUUAAAUUCUGUCUCCGUGAAAGAUGUGAAUUUCCUUUAAACAUGUUUGGGUUCCGAACAGCUUUUUAAAAAUUGGAAACAAAUUAAGCAUCUUUUCAAAUAAAUUAUAUGAAAGAUUU